AUGCAUCCCAAUUCUCGACAUGCGUAUCAGAAAGCACGCGUCAUGCUACGUCAGCGACGUCUAUCAGAGGCCAAGUUAGCUCGACAGCGGCAGCGGUCAGCGAAGGUGGACCGAAUUAUGGCAUUUGUUCUCUUGCUGUCAGAAGAUAAGACACACCUACCAGAUCUGUAUUCAUUCCACGACUUUAUGACGACCUUCUUUCUUGCACGACAUGACCAAGAACUUGCAGCACUGCAAAAAGAGCAUCGUCCCGGACGUGCCAAAAGCAAGCGUCUAGCGGAAUUGGAAAACUUGAUAGCCUCAGAGAAGCGCGAAUAUCAUGAUGGGAUAGAUGUGCCGGAUCUGUGUGAUGAAAUCAAUGUUGGUCUCCUACGCCAGUGGGAGGGCGAUCCGCAAGCUUUGCCACUCUUCCGAUUUGUUCGAAUUAGUGGACAGUAUCGUGAUACGUGCCGCGUUAUACAGCAUGGGACUCACAAGCUCCUGCAAAAUGAUAAAGGCAAAUCCAGUAACGAUGAAAGUCAUUAA